AUGACAACAACACAAAAAUCAGGCGGAAAUCCCAUAAAUAAAGAAGUGAAAGUUUUUAUUUCAUCGAAAGGUGAUAUUUUCCAGCGAGUUGAUAAGAUGUGGAAGGCAUCAACUGGUGUGGCGCCACCACCCCCUGCGGAGGUAGAUGAUUGGGAGACAGAUCCUGACUUUGUAAAUGAUGUAACUGAACAAGAACAGCGAUGGGGACCUGGUGGAAGACAUGUUGAAGCUAUUGAUAUGGCUAAACUACGCGAAGAAGUUUUAGAGGCAGAUAAACAAGCCAAAAAGAAGGAAUAUGAGCAUGGACCUAAACCAUCUUUUGGUUAUGGGGGAAAAUUUGGUGUUCAAACAGACAGGAUGGAUAAAUCCGCUAUGGGACACGACUACAUUGGAAAGACAGAAAAGCAUGUGUCACAGAAGGAUUAUAGCCAAGGUUUUGGAGGCAAGUUUGGUGUGGAUACAGACCGAGUUGAUAAGAGUGCAGCGGGCUGGGACCACAAAGAGCAAGUGGAGAAACAUUCGUCCCAGAAAGACUACGCGGUCGGUUUUGGGGGCAAAUUCGGUGUACAGACAGACAGACAGGAUAAGUGUGCUGCAGGAUGGGAACACCGCGAGACGGUUGAAACUCAUCACUCGCAAAAGGACUAUGCAAUUGGUUUCGGCGGUAAAUUUGGGAUUCAAAGCGACAGACAGGACGCAUCUGCUGUAGGCUGGGAGCAUCACGAACAGACACAGAAACACGCCAGUCAGACUGACCAUAAAAAGGGUUUCGGCGGCAAAUUCGGCAUAGAAACGGACCGGGUUGACAAGUGCGCACACGCAUUCGACGAGGUGCAAAAGGUCGGGACGAACUACACGAAACAGAAGCCAGACAUUGGUGGGGCGAAGCCCUCCUCUAUACGGGACAAGUUCGAGAAUAUGGCCAAAGAAAAGGAACAGGAAGCGCUAAAAUCUGUACAAAGGAUAAGGCAAGAAAGACAACAAAUAGACAAAAGUUUAUCGGAUAAGGAAAAAGUACGCGUAGCGAAAGAAAAAGAAAAGAGCCCAGAAAAGCAAGAACAAGAGAAACCGGAGAAAGAGAUUAAAGUGGCAGAGAAACAGAAUGCGGACUUAAUUCCCUCUGAGACGGUGAAAGUGGUCGAACAGGCUGAGGAGGUAAAACAGACCAGCGUCAACUUACCUGACGUCACUCUCACUGGAGACACCAAAGAGCCACAGGAUAAAGAGGAGAUGUCCCGUCAACCGACUAUUGUGGUCUCUCCCGUGGGUUGGGAAAGCGAGUUGGCGGCUGAUGGGGACAAUGACGACGAUGAUGGUUACAUUGCGAGGGCCCUUUACGACUACCAAGCGGCUGCCCCUGAUGAGAUCUCCUUCGACCCUGAUGAUAUCAUCACUAAUAUUGUUAUGAUCGACGAAGGCUGGUGGCAAGGACUGUGCAAGGGCCAAUACGGCCUUUUCCCGGCCAACUACGUGCAAUUACAGGACAAAUAA